AUGAACAGAGAUAUAACAUGGCCCAAAAUUCUUGAGGAGAUGAGCUAUGAAGCAUAUGAUCGGAUUAAUAAGUUGCUGACUGAAAAUCCAGCUCAACGCCUUGGUGCCAUAGGGGCUGUACAGGUAGAGAUGCACCAUUUCUUUAAGAAUAUCCACUGGGACACACUUGCAAGGCAGAAGGCUACAUUCAUACCAUCUGUUGAGACUCUGGACACGAGUUAUUUCAUGAGCCGGUCUAUUUGGAAUCCAGAAGAUGAGCAGGUUGAUGGAGGCAACAAUUUUGAUGAUAUGUCUGAUACAGGCAGCACAUUUGGUGAUAGUUCUUUCGGCAAUAUGCUAGAGGAAGAGGUGAAUGCUCUGUUAUCUUAUUUAGAGAUCGAUAAUCAUGAGGGGUUGGUUAUGGAGCACCUGCCUGGUAGAUACGCAGAGCUGGAUCAGUAUUGGGGGGAGUCGCAAGUCAUGGGGCCCGGGCCAGAUGGUUGGGCUGAUGAAUUUUCCCAAGAACACGGUAGGGACCCGAAUGCUUGGGCUUUAUCCUUUGAGCAACAACAUGGAGCAAACGCAGAUGAUGUCUGUGGUCCGAAUGGCAGGUCUUCAACCUUCAUAAACAAUGGUUGGACACUUACUAGAAAUGGAGAGUCAAUUGGUAGGGAAAUUGUUAAUUUUUCAAAGCAAAACAAAGGGUUGAUUGAACGAGAGAAAAGAAAACACCAACACUCCAUGGCUAAUAAGAAUAAAAAAGAUAAAGAUAUGAGGAAAAAAAGUCUUUGUUUGGCAGCUUGGACAAACUUUGUAGCACCUGAUCGUCCAUGCCAAUCUUGGUAAAACAAAUUUAUAGUGUACUUCUUCCAUUCAUGUUAGUAAUUUCUCAUUAUGAUGUGUUGUUUCUUGUGCAUUUUUAUUUUUAGGAGGUAUUUUACUUUCUU